GUUUACUUCCUGGGUAGAUUUGGUUAGAUUAGUAAGCUAACUUUGUACUUAAACAUCACAGGUCGGCUAUCAAGAUGGGAUGCGAUGGUGGCACGAUUCCUAAAAGACACGAGUUGGUGAAAGGACCUAAAAAAGUCGAGAAGGUCGAUAAAAAUGCAGAACUGGCCGCCAGAUGGAAGUACUGUGCCUUGAGCCAGGAAAAACUCAGACGCCCUAUCGUUGCUUGUGACCUGGGAAGGCUCUACAACAAAGAUGCUAUCAUAGAAUAUCUUCUGGAUAAGUCUGCUGACAGACCCAAUGCUGAGGCUGUUGCACACAUCCGUGGGAUAAAGGAUAUAAAAGAGCUGAACUUGACCGAUAAUCCUGAGUGGGAAGGAGAAAGAAGAAAUGCUAAGGGAGACCGUUAUGAGGACAUCCACUGUGGCAUGUUUAUUUGCCCUGUUGUUGGGUUGGAGAUGAAUGGCAAGCAUAGGUUUUGCUACCUGCAGACCUGUGGCUGUGUCUUCUCUGACCGGGCCCUGAAGGAGGUCAAGACAGAAAUCUGCCACAAGUGUGGAGACCCGUUUAAAGAUGAGGAUAUUGUUGUACUCAACGGCACCAAGGAGGAGGUGGAGAAGCUGAGGGAAAAGAUGGAAGAGAGGAGGGCCAAAGCCAAAACCAAGAAAUCAAAGAGGAACAAGGCAGCUGAAACUGUGUCCACACCACUGGAAUCAAAAGAUGACACUCAGUCUCCACAUGUGGAUGUAGCAGGGAGGAGCUCCAGUGAGGGCAGCCAGAGCAGCUGUUCAGAUGCUGCUGGACCCUCCGGAUCUUCCAGCUCUUCGAAAGUCACGAAGUCUUCGACAGCCUCCACCACCAAGAGGUCCAUCCAGGACAUGGAGGAAAAAUCUGAGGCCUUCAAAUCCCUGUUCACCACCCACAGCUCUGCCAAGCGCACCAAAGACCAGACAUCCAACUGGGUCACCCACACCCCAUACCACUUCUAGUAACUAUCACUCAAAGACCACCGGUUUUAGAUCGCUCCAGAAAUUGUGACCCAUUAAAGACCAAUUACUGAUAAGACUCGUUCUGUAUACCCAUCUCCAACACGCACACAGACUUACACAUACAUACACACAUUACCCACAUGACUUUUAAUAAUGUAACCUAUGUGUGGACUCAUUCCCAACUUGUUUCUUCAGUCCCCAGUAGCACAGUGUUUACAUGUUGUGAACAUUUUGUUAAUAGCUCCCCAAGCUAUUCAGACUCUUUGUUUUGUAACCUAAUUCCUCCCCCAUGUAUUCCCCUGCAUCAAUAUGUUCUUAGUCACAGGUGCUUUGAGAAUUAAUGCUAGAGUGACUUUAUCAUCUCUGUCACUCUGCUGUCUCCUAGUGGACAGACUGCAGCUUUUUAAAGUUAUCUCCAAAUGGUUGAAACUAUCAUAACAGUGAUGUGAGAUGAUUUAUAAUUUAGGAGAUAAUGUGAUUUUACUAUUCAGUUAACAUGAAAAACUGCAAACGCGUCAAAGCUCUACCUUUCUAAAUCAAGUCCUACUGGGUUAUACCUGCCUGUCUUUAGUAAUUAUUGUCCAUGAAAAAAACAGGUAAUAUAGAGCUCUGAUUUCCUUUCCUCAUAAGUUCUACCAGUGUGAGCUUGGCCCUCAUUUCUUCUUUGUAGAAUAUAUUUAACAAGUUUAGCAGAGGGUUUUUGUUUCGGUGUAUUGUUUUUUUGUUUUUCUUGGUAAAAAGUGAACUUAACAAUAUAAAGACAGUAAAAAUCCACUCAAAAGCAUCUUAUGUAUUUUUUUAGGUGUCAACAAAAACAAAAACUAAAGACAAACGUGUAAUGUAAAAGGAUGAUAAGAUAACAUUGUUUUAGCUCAGUUCUAUUCCUCAGUCUCGGGCUUCAAUAUUUUCUCUCUUUUUUUUCCAAAACAACGUGCUUCCAAAGACCUUUGAUGUGAAAAAUAACACAUGUUGAUUUCCAGUUUGUGAUAGGAAAAGUGUAGUGAGUCGUGGUAAUAUUUUCUACACUUUUGUCUUCAGAGAGUUGGAGUUUUUAAAGGAGAUUAGAAAUGUGUUCUUCCUGUUUGCAGUUGGACAGCCAGUCAUUACUUCUUUUUUUUUUACAUUAAGAGGAAAUAUUAAAAUACAUUUUUAUUCAUGCA